CCCCUCAUGUUUACGACCAAUACAAUAUCUCACUAUAGUAUAUAACUAUAUAUCCCACACCCAGAAUACAAAGGAGAACCACUUGUGUGUUUGCAGAUGGAGAGAGAUAUCGCCGGCCACCGGAGGUCGCCGUACCUCACCGGAAAGUGCAUGAGUUCGCCGUCGUCUUGUCUCUCGUUGAUCCACAGCGAAACGCAGUACUCUCGAAUCGAUUAUUACAACGGCAAGAACAAGAACGAAGAGGGUAGCAAGAAGAAGACGACAAGAUCAUCAUCGUGCAAGAGAUUGAGGAGGCUGAUAAGAAGGAUAUUGGUUCAAGAGUGUGGCAACUCCAACAACAGAUCCAUGAUGAGAUUUCAUUAUGAUGCUCUGAGCUAUUCCCAGAACUUCGACGAUGGCUGCCACUUGCACGACGGUUCCAUUGAUCCUCGACGGUCUCCCCUUCGAUGAUUUCAUUAUUCUAUUUAUAUAUAUAUCGUAAAUAUGUUUUGUUUUUUGUUUUUAAGUUUCAUCACGGAAAGUAAUUAAUGAGAUGUGGAUCGAUUAUAACCUAAUGUUUUUCACGACUGGUGAAUCCAUAUAUAUGAUC